AUGAAGAAAUAUCAAUUGAUGGGAAGAAAAGCCACAGUUAAAGCCCGACGGAGGAACGUCAGCUAUCCGAGCUUGCAUCUUCUCUCGUUGCCGAUAGAAAUUUUACUUCGAAUACUAGGGUUUUUACGCGAAGACCUACCAUGCUUGCUUCUGUUGGCUCUUACGUGCGGGAAGCUUAAUGGUGUUGUUCUGAAAAUGUUCUUGUAUGAGCUGGUUCAAUUCAAAUCAGUGCCCCGAUUCAUCAAAUUUGCACACGCCCAUCUUCCUCAAAGAGCUUCGCCUCUACGCUUUGUUCUGAGCGAACCGAGCUCGAAGAUUAAUUUCAUUCGUAGCAUCCACUUCGUCAAUCCCCCGAUGUUCAAUGAUCUGAAUCCUGUGACAACAAUUGCGGGAUCAUACUCGCUCUUUGCCCUGGAUCUGGGAAUCGACCAAUAUAAAGGUUUCGUUCGUAACCUCCAGCUGCUAUUAACAGAGGCUUAUGGCUUAAAAGAGCUCUCCAUUUCUGAGAUCCUGCCUCAAUUCAAGUUUUCACCAGAGUUCCUCGAAACUUCACAUUCAAACAGCUUGAAAUUGCGCUUCAAAUCGUCUACUCCCUCGCGUACACUCGAGAAGUUGAGUCUAACGGCCCAAUCUGGGUGGUCUAUUCCUUUCAAGGUCGAUCACGUAUCCUUGUUCAUGCGGUAUUUUAGAGAAAUUGGCUCUUUGGAGUUACAUAAUUUUGUCAUCAAUGACGCAAAGCUCAUGUCUGAGCUGGCGCUUCCCAUCAAUGGCCUCAAACUAUCUGCUUGUACUUACUCAAAGCAAUUAUGCAAACGAAAAGGGCUAGACACAUUUGGAGGGACCACUUGCUUAGAACUCGAAUCAAUCCAACAUAUCAAUGAUUUGUUUGUGAUCGAUGCGAUCAAACUUAACGCAAGGUUGUCAAGAUUGUCAAUCGAUAUCUCCUCCACAAUCUUUUAUCAUGUCGAUAGCUCUGACAACUCGUGGAAAUUUCAAUUCUCCAAAUACAAUAAUUUUUUCAAACUUUUAUGCUCCGGUAAAGGUGGCUAUUGCACAAUCAAAGAAUUGGUCCUCACAGAAUUCGAUUUGUUUCACACCAUAUCUCAUGAACACAGCACAGACUUGAAUACCAUCAAAGAAGAGGACGAAGAGUUGGAGGAUGAAAUCGAGUACCCUGAGCUCCAGGAAGAAAAAGAAGAUACAUUUGAAUACCUCAUGGACUCUCUAUCUCAAAUACCAAUGUUGACCAUUGUAAUGAAAAAGGAGCCUAUGGUAAUUCACACUUGUAAGAACUGUGGCUUCACUGUGACGGAUUCUCACAAAGGAGUGUCUUCUCUUCGCGAACAUGAAUGGACAAGUUUAUUGCAACCUUUGGUUACCAACAAGGACUGCAAAGUUACAAUUUUGGACCACAACAUGCAUUUAUUAUAUAACAAACCACUUCAUUGA